AUGAAAGGGUCUGAUGCCGUGGCUUUGGGCGCGCUGCUCGCCGGAGUCGUCCAGGCAUCUGCUGGCAAUGGUGUUGUUCAAUGGGACAUCCAAAGAACGCAGCGACAGGAGGAAUUCAAGAGGUUGAGGAAACGCGCCGACACCUUCGAGGAGGUUGUCACAAACGAGAAGGCAAGAGGAGGGUAUUUCGCCACCUGCAGAUUGGGGACGCCGGGGCAGAACCUGACGCUCCAGUUGGAUACUGGGAGCAGCGACACCUGGGUGCCGCAUUCCGACGCUCAAGUGUGCAGGGAGGUUAGCAGUGGAGGCUGUACACUGGGAACCUUUAACUCCGAGGAGUCGACCUCGUUUGAGGUAGUCGGAGAAGACCAAUUCGACAUCGAGUAUGUGGAUGGCAGCUCCUCGAAGGGUGAUUACUUCACCGAUGUCUUCGAGAUCGGUGGCGCCACUUUGCAAAACUUGACCAUGGGGCUCGGUCGCCGUACUGAUAUCGCAUACGGGCUGGUCGGUGUGGGUUACGCCGUCAACGAGGCGAUCGUGGGGACCACCCAGUCGCUUUCAUCCGUCUACCCUAACCUUCCGGUCGACAUGGUCAAUGAGGGUUUGAUCAACACGGUCGCUUACAGCUUGUGGCUGAACGAUCUGGACGCUAGCUCGGGCAACAUCCUCUUUGGUGGAAUCGACACCGAGAAGUAUCAGGGAGAGUUGACGAGGAUCGAUGUCUACCCCACCCAACCGGAUAUUUACUCGGCGUUCCUGGUCGCUUUCACCUCUUUGGACGCCGUUAGUCCUAGUGGCCAGGACAGGCUGACAUCGGAAGAUUUUCCUGUUCCUGUGGUCUUGGACUCCGGCACCACCUUGUCGUAUCUGCCGACCGACCUGGCCAGUCAAGUCUGGAGGGAAGUCGGCGCCAUCUAUUCCCCCGAGGUCGGAGUGGCCGUGAUUCCCUGCAACAUGCAAAACAGCAAGGGAUACUUCUCCUUCGGCUUUGCUGGCCCGAGCGGUCCCCGGAUCAACGUCACCAUGGACGAGUUGGUCCUCGACCUGACCUCGGGACGCCCGCCAACCUUCCUCACCGGCCAAUACGAGGGGCUAGACGUGUGCCAGUUCGGCAUCCAGAACUUCACCUCGGCGCCCUACCUGCUGGGGGACACCUUCCUCCGCUCGGCGUACGUAGUCUACGACUUGGUCAACAACCAGAUCGGUAUCGCUGCCACCGACUUUAACUCAACCGACAGCAACAUCGUGGCGUUUCCCAGCAUGAGUGCGCCCAUCCCGUCUGCGACGGUGGCACCUGACCAGAGCGAGGUCACUGAUAUCCCGGCUGUGACGUCCCCGGCGUUUGCGGCUAGCCCAGGAUUCAUGGAGGGUAUGGAAGCAUCAAGUCCACCCAAAUUCCGUUUCUCGGAUGGUUCCUCAACCUUUGGAACCACCCUCGUUUCACCCCUCAUUUCUUUAGUCCGCUUUUGUCUUUUUGUCAAGAUGCGGGUGAUACGGGCUGCGGCUGCGCUCAACAGCAGCUGCGCUGCUGGUUCCAGGCAGGGAGCCCGCUAUGCGAGUUUGGCAUGUCGCACUGCCCUCACUUCUUCCCCUCUGGCACCAUGCUACAGUGCCCGGUUGAGUGGUCUUCGAUAUUUCAGCAGGACUCCUGUCUCCAGGGCCACUAGCGCCGCUGAGGCUGCGCUGAAGCAGGCCAAGGAACUUGCUGCCGCGAACAUGACCCCCGAAGCCGCCGCCGCCCGCAUGACCCCCGAGGAGGCCAAGAGGUUGUCCAUGGUUCGGAACAUUGGUAUUGCAGCCCACAUCGACAGCGGCAAGACCACCGUGAGCGAACGCAUCCUCUUCUACACCGGCCGGACAAAGGCGAUCCACGAAGUCAGGGGCCGCGAUGGCGUCGGCGCCAAGAUGGACUCCAUGGAACUCGAGAGGGAGCGUGGUAUCACCAUCCAGUCCGCCGCCACCUUUGCCGACUGGAAGAAGGUCGAGAACGGCGUCGAGGAGACGUACCACUUCAACUUGAUCGACACACCCGGCCAUAUCGACUUCACUAUCGAGGUCGAGCGCGCCAUGAGAGUGCUGGACGGUGCCGUCAUGGUCCUGUGCGCGGUCAGCGGUGUGCAGAGUCAGACCAUCACUGUCGACAGGCAGAUGAAGCGGUAUAACGUCCCCCGCAUCAGCUUUGUCAACAAGAUGGACCGCAUGGGCUCGAACCCGUUCAAGGCCGUCGAGAUGAUCAACUCGAAGCUCAAGAUACCCGCCGCUGCCGUGCAGAUCCCGAUCGGUUCCGAGAAGGAAUUCGAAGGUGUCGUCGACCUGAUCCACAUGAGGUCGAUCCGGAACGACGGUCUCCGUGGUACCAACGUCAAGGUUUCGAAUACGGUACCGGAGAACCUCAGGGAACUAGCGGAGCAGAAGAGGCAGGAGCUGAUUGAGAAAUUGGCCGACGUCGAUGAUGAGAUCGCCGAGAUGUUCCUUGAAGAGCAGACCCCUACCCCUGAGCAGAUCAAGGCCGCCAUCCGCAGGGCGACUAUCAGCCUCAAGUUCACCCCUGUUCUGAUGGGCUCUGCCCUUGCCGACAAGUCUGUUCAGCCCAUGCUGGAUGCUGUCUGCGACUACCUCCCGAACCCCGGCAACGUCGAUAACCUCGCCCUCGACCGAUCCAAGAAGGAAGAGCCCGUGAAGCUUCUGCCGUACGACUCGCUUCCGUUUGUCGGCCUGGCGUUCAAGCUCGAAGAGAACCCCUACGGCCAGCUUACCUACAUUCGCGUCUACCAAGGUACCUUGAGGAAGGGCCAGUACCUCUUCAAUGCACGCAACGACAAGAAGGUGCGCAUUCCCCGUAUCGUGCGCAUGCACUCGAACGAGAUGGAGGACGUCAACGAGAUCGGUGCUGGUGAGAUCUGCGCCGUCUUCGGUGUUGAGUGCGCCUCGGGUGAUACAUUCACGGACGGUCGCCUGCCCUACGGCAUGAGUUCCAUGUUCGUGCCGGACUCAGUCAUGUCCCUCAGCAUCAAGCCCAAGCGCAGCAGCGACGCCGACGCCUUCAGUAAGGCCAUGAACCGCUUCAUGCGAGAGGAUCCCACCUUCCGGCUCCACGUCGACGACGAGUCAGAGGAGACCAUCAUCAGCGGCAUGGGUGAGCUCCACUUGGACAUCUAUGUCGAGCGUCUGCGCCGCGAGUACAAAGUCGACUGCGAGACGGGCAAGCCGCGCGUCGCCUACCGCGAGACCAUCAGCAAGCGCGCCGACUACGACUUCCUCCUCAAGCGCCAGUCGGGCGGGCCCGGCGAUUACGCCCGCGUGGUCGGCUGGAUCGAGCCCAACGUAGACAACACCGAGGGCAACAGGUUCGAGACGCGCGUGGUUGGCGGCAACAUCCCAGACAAGUACCUCGCCGCCUGCGGCAAGGGUUUCGAGGAGGCCUGCAUCAGGGGCCCGCUGCUCGGCCACAAGGUCAUCGGCGCGCACAUGGUGGUCACCGACGGCGCCACCCACGUCACGGAUUCCAGCGACUACGCCUUCAACCUGGCCACGCAGAUGGCGUUCCGCAAGGCCUUCCCCGACGCCGGCGGCGCCGUGCUCGAGCCGCUGAUGAAGACGACCAUCACGGCCCCGGCCGAGUUCCAGGGCAACAUCCUCAUGCUCAUGAACAAGCGCGGCUCCAUCGUCGACACCGAGGUCGGCGCCGACGAGUUCACCAUGGUCGCCGAGUGCAGCCUGAACGCCAUGUUCGGCUUCAGCACCCACCUGCGCGCCGCCACCCAGGGCAAGGGCGAGUUCAGUAUGGAGUUUAGCCACUACGCUGCGGCCCCGCCGCAUCUGCAGAAGGAGCUUGUUGCUCAGUACGAGAAGGAGCUCGAGGCCAAGAGGAGCAAGUAA